AUGAAUACAACUAUCAUUUUUACUGGUAUACUCGCUUACCUUUUACUUAUGUUAACUAUGACAUAUUCAUUUACAUUAUCAAGUAAAACAACUGAUAAUGAAAAUCAUGCACUUAUUGAAGAACCAUUGGAAUUAUCGCCAUAUAAAUUCAAUUCAAUCAAUAACAAUGAUGGUUCAAUGUUUAAUAAUAUUGAUGAACAUGAACUCGAAAAACGACGUUUCAAUGCUUGGGCUGGUAAACGUAGUCUUUUGGCUAGGCCUCGUUUUAAUUCAUGGGCUGGUCGACGUUAA